GCUGACAGAGAUAGACAAGAGAGAGGUGGGAGAGAUAGCAGGGGGGGAAUGGAGAAAAGGAGGCAGCUUUAAGAACCUGUUUCUGCGGCCUCUAGCACUGAGCGGACUGUAACUGGGAUGAAUGGCCUGGUAAACUGGGAUAUUUCUGACUUUCUGUUAGCUGAGUUUAUGAUGGUCAUGUAAAAAAAAGAAAAAAAGGAGAAACUUCACUUUUCUUGCUACCACUGACAAUCGCCAUCAUAUCUAAGUGCUUGAUGGCUGUUACGCAGGCUGUGCUCCCUUCCUUCAGCUCCUUCUCCAACCUCGCUCAAUCCAACAACAAUAUGAAAGUGUGGAAGUCUGAGAGCGACUCUCUCCCGGUGGACUCUCUCAGCAACAAACUGUCACCGAGCAGCUCUGAGCAGCUGCAGGUCUCUCAACAAAGGACUGAGGAGCUCCUGGAUGAUGACAGCCGGGCAUCCUGGGACAUUGAGUUCCUACUGUCUGAUUGGAGCAACCCUUCUCCUGACAUCAACCCCUCUCUGGACAACAAUGAUCAGCAGCUCCCGCAGUUGGACACAAACACAGCAUUCCAAGAGGUGUCCAUGUUUAAGGACCAACCAGCACAGGAGCAUGUGCAGGUGAACACUAGCUGCCUCAUGGAGCUCCUGACCUCCGCUGAAACCACAACAUCAGUCCAGCCAGAGCUGUACCACCAUGGUUAUGACAACGACCAAACGAGCCGGACUUCAUUUCCCAGUCUACCUAAUGUAGACCAGUUUGGCUUCCCUCAGGGAGGCGUGGAGAGGCACAGCAGAGGAAACCUCAAUAAAGUCUCAUCCUGGGACUUUAAUCCUUACUAUCCCCAUCAACAGCCCUCCAUGGUGACCUUCUCAGACAGCAGGUUCCUAACACCUCAAGCUGCGACCCCUGACCCUCGACACUACAACUACAUGCCCCAUUUUAACCAAAACUACAAUCUGUUCUGUGACUACACCCACAGCCAGGCCACUAGUCAUCUGCCGCUUCACCAGCAGCCGCUGCUGGUCGAACCACAGCUGCCCCCUGGUGGGGUAGAGGGGAAGCGUGGACGGAGGGCUACGGGGAAAAAGAGGCCCGCCAUACACAGCUGUGAAUACCCCGGCUGCAGCAAGACCUACACCAAGAGCUCACACCUCAAGGCUCAUCGCCGCACUCACACAGGGGAAAAGCCUUACCACUGUUCAUGGGAGGGCUGCAGCUGGAAAUUUGCCCGCUCAGAUGAGCUGACGCGUCACUACCGCAAGCACACGGGCCUGAAACCCUACGAGUGUGUGCUGUGUCAGAGGGCCUUCUCCCGCUCUGACCACCUGGCUCUGCACAUGAAGAGACACACCUGAUGCUCUCUCUCUCUCUCUCUCUCACUCACACACACACACACACACACACACACACACACACACACACACACACACACACACACACACACACACACACACACACUGCCAUUAAAAAAAAAAAUUACAAUGUAGACAACUUGAUUUUGGAUAUUCUUUGAAGUUUGAAUUCAUGACCCAAAUCAGUACACUGAACAGUUAAAUUUGAGAGUAAGUGACCUCAGAAAUCUGCACUUGAUUAUCUGGCUGGUUAAUACAGACCCACAUGCAUAUUACAGGCAUGCGGGACACAGAGAUGAGGCGACCCAGUGACGCAAAGCGAUGCCCUGCUUAUACAUUGAAAUGAACUGAAUUGGAUUAUAAAGUUGAACCAGCUUCUCUGUGUUAUAUGUUUACUGUAAAGUAAGAAAAAGCUAAAUAUUUGCAUGAUUUGUUUGUUCUUU